AUGUAAUUAAUUGAUGCCAUUUUUGAGGAUCAAUUCAGGCCAGCUCUGAUUGAACACUAUAAACAAAAUAAGAUAGUUAGAAGAGCUGAUUACCUUUUAAAGGCAUUACAAUCUGUCGAUUAACUGUCUUUAGAAGAUUAAUAGCAAUUUUACGAUCAUUUAGAGAAAUAAUUAUUACAAUGCACCCCAUUGUAAGCAUUAACAUUAAUACACAAUUAAAAUGAGCAGAUUGUAGAUUUGCUAUUGGAAUUGUGUUUGACAAAUGAACAUGUAUUACCUUUACUAUAUUUUCAGCAUACACAAUAAUUAUUUAGGAUCAUCAAUUGGUUUUUGAGAUCUAUAACAUUGACAAGGCGGAAUUUCAAAGGCAUGUUUAUCUACAUCAAAAAUCAAAUGUACAAUUCCUAACUAACAAAUGAAAAAGUUUAGAGAUUCAUAUCACUAUUAUAAAAAGUUUUCGCAGAAUUUCGUUAUGAAUCUCCAUAUGCCUCAUUCUACUUCAAUUACAUCAACAGUGGACUAGUUGUAGACACUAGAGAAAUGAAAUGGCUCUUUGGUAAAGGCAUUUCCCUAUAAACUUGGCUCUAUCCAAUACCAAUAAAAUCAGAAGUUGAAACUAAAAUUAUGUACUUAAUGUCUGAUAAAAAAAAAGGGUGUCAGUUUAUUUUAAAUGGCAACAAAUUGGUUUAUCAAUAUGUGGAUCUGAAUUGUAUUUUUAUUACUAAUUAUAAAACAGCCCCAAAUCACGAAGUUCCAAUAAGUUUGAUUGAAAUUCCCUAUCAAGAAUGGUCAUCGCUGAGCAUCCAGAUUUAAUCCAAAAAGUUCUUUAUGCAGGAAUCGUAUUACUUAUAUUUGACUUGUGGCAAUCAAUAACUUCGGGAAAUCAAAAUCGAUUUUCCUCAAAUCUCAAACGAUUCUCUUGUCAUUGAGUUCCAAUUUUUUACUAAUUUUUAUGGUUAUGUCACUUCUGUGUUAAUUUACAAUGAUGGAUUUGAUGGAAAUGAUUUAACUUGCGGUGACAAAGACCUGGGUAUUUAAUCCAAUGAUCACCUAAGGAAUUUACAUAAAUGCCAUGGGAAUAAUAAACUAGUUUUAUGUUAUACUCCACUGAGAGCCAGAGCCAAUUUUAUCACAGAUCCAAUAAAUAAAUUUGAUGGGGCAUUGCAAUAAUUCAGCGGUUCCUACUUAAGAAUAACUUAAAAAUAGCAGUUUUCUUAAUUCUGUAGAAUUGAAAACUUUGUUCCUCUAUUACUAUUUAUUAAAAUCUAACCUUAUGAUUCAUUGCUGAACGAACUAUUGACUCUAUUCUGUUAAAUCAUCAAGACCAGACCAGAAACAUAGCAAGAUGCGAUCCGAACUGAAUAUUUAAGUUUGAUAGCCCUUAAACUAAAUGAUUCUGGACUUGACAUGAUCAACAAUCAAACUAUAGAAUUGCUCUCACAAUUGCACAAUUCCAUUCAGGAUACGAAGUUGAAAUAGCAAUUCAUUUGCAAUUUAUUGUGGAGAAUAUAAAUUUAUAAACUAGAGAACUUUUCAAUCAUAGAAGACUACUUAAAAUUCAUUCGAAUGAUAUAUAAUGAUAAUCCUGAAUUUUGUAUAUCGAUUUUCGGAAUCGGUAAAAUACUCGAGAUUUUGAUCUACGACAUUGAUCCGAAGAAUAGAUUAUGCUGCCAAGAACAUGCGAAUCAAAUGGGUUAUACCAACUUCUAAUUACCUACCAUCCCCUACGCUUAAUUGAUAGAUUCCUACUUAAAUAUUAUUGACGCCAUCCUCCAUAAUAAAUUAUUUCAAUCACAAUCCAAAAUUGAGAAAUCCAACAUCAUAGACAUUGCGAGAGUCUUCACAUUAAAAUGCUCUCCUUGUUUUUACCAACUACUACUCAAAAAGCUACAAGGAUUAUUUCAAUACGAGACCAAGAGUAAUAAUCCCAUAUCUCAGAUUCUAAUCCAAGAAGAAGUGAUGCAAAUGCUAUUGAAUCUACUAACAACAUGUUCCUGUCCAGAUGUCAAAACUAGUUGCAUCAAGUUGAUAGCAGAGAGUAUUCGCAUCAAUUAAUCUCCAAAUGAAAAAGAAAUCGCUAAUUGGAUUGCACAUACUCUAGGUAACAGCGCUGCAGUUGAGGUGCAAGAGGCUUACUCAGACGAUGAAGAUGAUGAUUUCCAACCUAGAAAACCAUUAGUAAAUCAAGCUUUAGUCUUCCAUUAAUAAGAGGAACAAUAGAAUUUUGUUGAGGAAAAGAAGAAGCAGCCUGCUAUUCAGAACAAAAACAUUGUUUAGGCAAAUAGAAGGAUUAUUGAUUAUGAACCUCUAUACGUUGCGAUUAUGGAAUGGAUGCUCAAAACUAGAGUUGGAAAGACCAAUUCGGAUACACUGAUUUUAGAUGAAAAUCUUAUCAUUAAAUCUGAUGGUGGAUUGUCUCUUUUGAUUAGUUAUUUCGAAUAUUGUGUGGAUUCAGUCAAGGGUCGCAUUAUGUAAGAUUUAUGUAUGCUGAUUAAAUGGAAUCAAGCCAGUGCCAUUUUUCUAUUAAAUAAUGAGGAGUUUCAUUGGUGGAUCUUAAAGACUCUCUUGGAAAUCUAAAACCAAUACAAUAUUAGAGAGUUGGCUUAGUUUGAAUUCUGGGUGUGGGAUAGUGGAUUGAAACUAUAUUGCAAUGUGAUCAAAGCUGGUAUUCAGAACGAAAAGAAUGGGUUUCAGCGAUUGGCUCAAUUAUAGAGUUAUUGCAGAGUUUUGGAAGAGAUUAAUGGAGAACAGAUUAAUCAGUAGGCAACCUAAUUAUUGAUGAGAUUGAUAUACAAGCAGUUGCUCUCUAAUUUCUCGGAUUGUUAUAAAUUGGAUUUAUUUUCAACCUUUUGGGUCAACUUAUAUUCUGUUAUUUUUGAAACAUUCCGACUAGUGACUGCUGAUCCAAGAACUAUUGAGAAUGAGAGUGAAAAUGAGCAUUACUAUUUAUUCCAUAAGUUCUCCCCUAUUGCAUUUUAGUUAACCAUUUCGCAAUAAGAAAUGCCUAAAAAAUGGAAGCAAUAAUUUGGAAUUAUACAAUGGGUGGAUCACAUUCUUAUUGUGAAUAUCUGUGACAUAGUGAAUCAAUUUUGUGGCAAAUUCUCGACACAAAUAAUUAGUUACUUGGAUGAUUAUCAGAUUGUUUAAAAAGGAAUUUUAGGUCUUUUGGAGUAGAAGAAUCCCACAGAAUCAUAGAAAACAUUCGCUGCAAUGAUGUUUGAAUUCGAUAUAGGGUUAGAAUAAGGUCAAUCCCCCAUCUUCGUCUAAGUGUGUUAACUCUUUCUGUAAUUGAAUGCUGAAUACUUCGCCUUCAAUGUGCAGAGCAGUGAAAACAUCAAGCAAUUGCAGGUGAUAUUGAAUACACUCGAUAAAUUAGUUAGAACUUUAAUUAUAGCAUCGGAGACUUUAAGGGACAAAGAGAUCGAGGAAUCACAAGAUAAAGUAGUGUAUUCGAUUAUUGGAUCGCAUUUCAUAUUUCUGUAUUAAAUGGAGGAUAAAAUAAAAGAGAUCAAUUACGAUAAGGAGAUCAAGUAGGAAUUACUGCAGAUUGUGAAGAAUUGCUUGUUCUACUCAUUUAAGUUUUUGAUUGUGUAUGUGGAUUGUUUUACUCAGAUUUUAAAUAAGAAUGAGUCUUUCUAAGCUCUCAUUUUUGAAGGGUACAAACAACACAAAUUGUUUUUAAUGAAAAUGCUCAAUGAUUUAAUCAGAAAAGACAGUUCACACAUCUUUGAUGUUGUUGAAACCAAGUCCCUCAAAUUAAAUAAUAAAUUGAUUAUGGAGAAAAUGAUAGCAGCAAAGCAAGUUUUUGUGGAAAAUCAAACGUUAUUGUAAAAAAUAUAGUAAUCAUUCUUCAUGAAUGAAGAGUAUUACCUAAAAACCAAGUGUGAUUUUGAAGAAUCCUACAGAAUUUUCUCUUAAAAGAAGAAAACCUUAGAGGAUAGAUUGUAAUCAUAGCGACAAGGAAUUGAGGAAGUCUUGUUUUCAUAGAUGAUAUCAUCAUCGUCAACCUACUCGUAUGAUUAAAAAAUACAGAGGAUAGACUCAGAAUAAAUCUAUAUGAGACAAGCCAGAUACAUGUUUAAGAAGUCAUUCAACAGAGUCCGUGUAUUCAAUCAAUGGUGGGCUCAUCCAGAGUUCAAGGCAUAAAUCGAUAAGCCAUUUGCGUCGAUAGAUAUGCAUUAUGACAACAUCGUAUAAAAUUAGAUAUUUACAUGGAAGAUGUGGAAAUAUGAAACCAAAUAGAAAUCCAGACCCUUACUCAAACCUAAGUUGUAUGAUUAUCCCCAAAUUGAUAACAUUAUGCAAUCUCAAUAGUAAAGUACUAGAAUAAUGAAUUUGGCUGACUAUGAUAAGAAAUAACCAGAGAGACAAAGAAAGAAAAUACAUGAAAUCAUAUUUGACACCAUCAUCCCAUUCUACUCAUAAUAACAUGAACAAGACGAAGUGAUUCUUCACAGAGUCCAGUGGAUCAAGACAUUAACAGUUAGAAUAGGAUCUUUACGAAUAAGUGAUACGCAUUUGAUCUUUUAUUUUGAAUCCAUAACUCAAAAAGAAACCCAUUAGAGUCUGAUCAAAUUUAGAGUACCUGAAGACUCCUAAUUGGUGAAGUAGUGGGAUCUGGAAUAAAUCUACGAUAUUUAAUUUAGAAGAUACAUUGGUAGAUGGACAUCCUUGGAGUUGACUCUAUUGGAAGGUAGUACACUUGUAUUCAAUUUUUAAAAUGGAGAUCAUCAAAAAGUGAUAGAGAAAUUGAUUUCUCUGAAGAAACAACGAACUAUCAAUCUAAAGCCCAGAAUUUAAUCCGGUAAAUUAGAUCCAGUGAGUGUCAUGUUCGAGAGUAAGGCUAUGAAUAAGUGGUAUAAUUAUAAGAUCACGACUUUUGAAUACUUGAUGAAAGUCAAUAAAAUUUCUGGAAGGAGUAAUAAGGAUCUGACCUAAUAUCCAGUGUUUCCGUGGAUCAUGAAUGAUGGCGAGUAAUUGCAUAAAUAUCGCGAUUUAACUAAAAGCAUGGGUGCUUUGGGUACUAAAGAUAGGAUCGAGGUGUUUGAAUAGAGAUACAACAUGAUAGAUCAUUUUAAUAAGGUUCCACAAUUUCACUAUGGGAGUCAUUAUUCAAGUCCAGCAAUCAUAUUCCAUUAUCUCAUUAGAUUGAAGCCGUUUUCUGAUGGAGCCAAGGAAUUACAAUCAGGCAAGUUUGAUUUAGCAGAUCGUCUAUUCUUCUCAUUCAUUGAGACAUAUCGGAAUGCAGUCGAAGAAUUGAGUGAUGUCAGAGAAUUGAUACCUGAAUUCUUCUAUUUGCCUGAAAUGUUUCUUAAUUUAACAAAUAAACUGGGGUAGCGAGUAAACAAUGUAGAAUUGCCUUUUUGGACUUAAUAAAACCCCUAUUUGUUCAUUUGUGCUCACAGAAUGGAAUUGGAAAGUGAUUAUGUUUCAUAGCAUAUUUGCAAUUGGAUUGAUUUAAUUUUUGGAUAUAAACAAAAGGGAGAAGAAGCAGUCAAAGCUCUAAAUACAUUUUAUUAUUUGACAUAUGAAAAUUCUAUAGAUUGGGAUUCAAUCAAGAAUGAAAAACAAAAGAUAUCAUUGGAAUCUCAAGCAAUUCAUUUUGGUUAAUGUCCUAGUUAAAUUUGGGAUAGAGCUCACAUUGCCAGAGGAAAAUAAAAAAUUGUUUUUAGAAUUGUUGAUGAAAAAAUAGAAAAGAGAAUCCUUCGAUAAAAACAAAAUAAUCCACAACCUUAGUCAUCAAAUUAUUAGAGAAGCAAAUCAAUUAUUAGAAUACAUUUCUCAAGUGAUAACAAAGUUUGGAUUAUUCGUCGGAAUGGAGAAUGUGCUACUAUUAAAUUAGAUUUAAAAGAUAACAAAUUUGAUCUUACUAAUUAGAAAGAGCAACCCAUCAAUUUUGGGAAAUUUAUGGAUGAAAACUAAAAUCUAUUUGAUUGGACUUGUAAUUAUGAUGAACUCCCUGUUUUAAAUAGAGGAAAAUAAGUAUUGAUCGGAGGCAUAUGGGAUGGAAGACUGCUUAUUUAUAAUAAUGGUAUCAUCUCUGAAUAGAGAUUCGAAUAAGAACACACUAUAACAGUAAUGAGAUUUGAUUACAAAAUGAGAAUAUUGGCUACUGGUAGUAAGGAUGGCACUCUUAUUAUAUAUAAAGUGUUAAAUAACUCAUACAUUCCAAUUAGUAAGCAUCAUCAUCACGAAUAAUCUAUUACGGAUAUAUUUAUAUGUAAUGAUCUCAAAGUUGUAAUAACUUGUUCUAGUGAUGGUUGGAUUCACAUGUAUAAUUAAUGGUCUGGCAAAUACUUAAGAAGUUAUAGACAUCCUAAGGGUUUGCCCAUUAGCAAAGUUUGUAGUUAUUGUACUCCAUUAUAUGGAAUAGCAUUUUACGAAAACAAAAAUAUUUAUUCAUAUAGCAUUAAUGGGCAAUUCUUGGCACAUCUUGAAUUAAAAUAAUAUAUUGUGAAUUAAGGACAUCUCAAAGUCGUUAAAGAUUCAAAGUUAACUGAUAUUAUUGUGUUACCGUUGUGCAUGGAAAAGAAAAUAUUAAUGUUGACAACUCCCUUUUUGCAGAAAAGAAAUGAAAUAUAAUUGACUGAUUGCUAACAAUCAAUGAACGAUAUUAGUUCUUUUGCUUUGUCACCAGACAGAACAAUUUUAGCAUUUGGAACAUCAGAUGGAGAGUUUGGAUUAACAGUUGACUAGCGUAUCUUUUCAUAAGAUUGA